CGCCCAGGAGAGGAGUUGAGAUCUCACAGUGUUUUUGACAGUGGUUUGGAGCACUAGGGAUAUCACUGGGACAUUAGAGAAGAGGCUACAACACAACAGGGUCCAUAAGGAGCACAUGGUCUCCUUCCAUCCUUUCUCAUUCUCAUCCGCUCUCCAUCUCUCUCUCUCUCUCUGUCCAGGCUGUACCAGUGAAGCUGUCCCUGGAUGCUUUGCUGCAGAUGUCCAGUUGUCAGGUGCAGGACACCAUGAGACGGCUGGGCUCCAACCCAGAGGAGUGUUCUCGACUCACCGUUGCCCUCUCCUGCCUGAAGAAUGCCACUGAGACAGGUGGGGACAUCAGGGAAGACACAGGAACCUUGAUAUCAGAGUCGCCCCACCGUGACAGUAACACAUUACCUCCUCCGGACCGUCGCCCCUCCACCCCCGCCACACUACCCCGUGGCCCCAUCCUCAGUCCACACACCCACGCCCGUUCUGUCUCUGUGACUGUUGUACCCUGUGUGGACAAUAAGGGGCAUCAAGUCUACACAGGCAACAUGACGGACACUUUCCCCUCCUCGUCGCUGCUCCUCUCCAAUUUCCCUCCCUCCAAGAGACGCACCAAGCACCCCCCACGCGCGCCCCCACCCCCCUCCCGAAUGCUGCUGCAUCUCCCCUUCAACAUCACCCUCACACGCAGCAAGAGCCACGAGUCACAGCUGGCCAAUCGCAUAGAAGAGCCAGUGCCCAACAACAAGAGGGGGAAGAAGAACAAGCUGCUCCUGAACGUGCACAUCAAUAGUAGCAGUGGGAACGGGUGUGAAGACUCCGCCCACACCCCUGGUCCGGCCACCACCCCCUACACCCUCCCAGGCACCCCCACGCUGCUUGAACAUAACCUGGCAUUGCACCGGGGGUCUCCACAGAUAAUGAGGAGAGAUAUCGGCCUCUCUGUAACACACAGGUUUUCAACCAAAUCCUGGCUCUCACAGACAUGCCAGGUGUGUCAUAAGAACAUGAUGUUUGGUGUUAAGUGCAAACACUGCAAGUUAAAGUGCCAUAACAAAUGUACCAAAGAAGCCCUUCCCUGCAGGAUAUCUUUUCUCCCACUCCCGCAAAUCCGCCGGGCAGAAUCUGUACCAUCCGAUAUCAAUAAUCAAAUUGACUGUACGGCAGAGUUACCAAUCCAGUUUGGCACUUUACCUAAGGUGCUAACCAAAAAGGACUACCCUCCCAUGCUGAGCCAGAUGGAUUCCAGCAGUAACCCCUCCUCCACCACUUCCUCUACACCCUCCUCGCCCACCCCCUUCCAGCAGAGCAACCCCCCCAGCGUCACCGCCACACCGCCCCCCAAUCCCUCGCCCAGACCCCAGGGGCCCCGAGAUAGCCGAUUCCACUUCCCAGCUGGCUGUUAUUUACAACCUAGACAACAGUUUAUCUUCCCUGACGUUUCCUCUUCACCGUAUCCUGUUGGACUAGACUCUGAAGGCCACCAUGGCACUGGAGACACACAGCAACUGGCCCAAUCAGAACCUCCAUCUCAGGGACAGGAAGGAGGAUCGGAAGAGGAGGCAGAAGAGGAGGAAUACCUAGGAGAGGAGGAUGAGGGAAAUGGUAGCAGGGAGAGCAGAGAGAAGGGCCACACAAAUGGAGAGUGUGAUGGGGACGAGUUAGAGGACCUGCCCAGCUACCGGGGCAGGAUGGCCGGGGGCCGAUGGAGGGGACCCAUCUCCCGUAAGGCCAGCCAGACCAGCGUGUACCUGCAGGAGUGGGACAUCCCCUACGAGCAGCUGGAGCUGGGGGAGCUCAUUGGCAAAGGCCGUUGGGGGAAGGUGCAUAAGGGGCGCUGGCAUGGAGAGGUGGCCAUCCGGCUGCUAGAGAUAGAUGGUAAUAAUCAGGACCACCUGAAGCUGUUUAAGAAGGAGGUGAUGAACUACAGGCAGACCCGCCACGAGAAUGUGGUCCUCUUCAUGGGGGCCUGCAUGGCCCCGCCACACCUCGCCAUCAUCACCAGUUUCUGCAAAGGUCGGACACUAUUCUCUGUUGUAAGAGAUGCCAAGAACACACUAGACAUCAACAAGACAAGGCAGAUUGCUCAGGAAAUUGUUAAGGGUAUGGGCUACCUUCAUGCUAAAGGAAUCGUUCACAAGGACCUGAAGUCCAAGAAUGUGUUCUAUGACACAAACAAAGUGGUAAUCACAGACUUUGGUCUUUUUGGAAUGUCUGGAGUGGUACAAGAGUACCACAAGAGGCGAGAGAACGAACUAAGGCUCCCUCAUGGCUGGAUCUACUACCUGGCCCCUGAGAUUGUUCGCAGGAUGGGUACUGGGAACCAUGAGGACCGCCUGCCUUUCUCCAACGCUGCAGACGUCUACGCCUUUGGCACCAUUUGGUACGAGCUGCAGGCCCGUGGCUGGCCACUCACCAACCAGCCGGCAGAGGCCACCAUCUGGCAGGUGGGCAGCGGAGAGGGAAUCAAGAAGGUCCUGGCAAAGGUCAGCCUGGGCAAGGAGGUCACGGAGAUACUGUCUGCCUGUUGGUCCUUCAAGCCAAAAGAGCGUCCCUCCUUCACCCAGUUGACUGACAUGCUGGAGAAGCUGCCGAAGCUCAACCGCAGGCUCUCCCACCCAGGACACUUCUGGAAGUCAGCCGAGCCCUGGGUUCAUCAUCAUUGCCUGCGGGACCAUUGCACUAAGGGCCUGCAGUCUCGCUGCCCCUACAUAUACAAAUAACACAUCUCUCAGUGGCAACUUGUGCUUAUCAAUUCUAAGGAAUAGCCUGUUUGGUAUUAGAUUCAGAGGAAUUCAGAAGAAUGGACUACCCUGCAUAAUGAUAUCAACUGGUAUCACAGCCAAUAGAGUAACCAAUAUAUAGAGUAAUGUAUCUUUGUCAACUUGCUAAAUGUACCAUAAUGCACUGCCUGGGUUGUUUGUUAGUUUGUUGUUCUUUGCCUAACUGCAGUUCAUGUAUUGACAUUUUGGUACUAGUAGUGGCUAAUGCAAACAGUCUAGUCUAACCGCUUGCUUUCUUUAAAUUUACCUCUCUCUCUCUCACGCUCGCUCUGUACUCUCUCUCUAGCUUGCUCUGUUCUCUCUUUUCCGCUUUCUCUCUCUCUUUUUCUCUCUCUCACCCUACAACUUAGGUUCUAGCCUUCAGUAUGCAAGAGGAAGCAAUACUAUGAGGUUCAAUGUCAAAUGUUGAUUUGCCUCUUGUGCACUCUGUGCCUGUGUCAGCAUGCCCUGUGUGUGUGAAUAGGGACAUGUGUGCAUGCUUGUUUGGUUGGUAGCUGAAUGUAAUAUGCUGGACAUCCAGAGGUUAACCCUGUGAAAGACUGUAGUGAUUGAAUGUUAGCAGUGAUAACAACACAAAGAUAAAUGUAUUCAAUAUAUAAAUAUAUAUAGAAUUGUUUUAUUUAAUGUACAGAUAACAUUUAUUUUAUUAUGUAUACAAAGUCUUUAUAUUACAUUGUACGUUACAUUAUAGGUACUUCACAUCUAAUUAUGUAGAGCUUCAAAACCUAUUUUUCCCUCACAAACACUGUGUAAACAAAUUGUACAUUACUUAAAGAUGGGUUGGUGUUUCUUAUGUCAUAAGAAUGUAUAUUUUUGUACAGAUUGUGGCUACACUCUGAAAGAGUUUCUGGUUUCCUCAGUGAAAGAUAAUAAAACUAAACUCACGUCA